GGCCAAGAUUUUCUCUGUUAAAACCUGUUGAAGUCGAAAUGGAAACUGCUAACCCUUCUAAAGAACCAUUUGCAGCCGCAACCUCGCCCAUGUGUCGAAGGUGGCUGUCGGCUGAUAGUGCUUUGGAGCCGGUCACUUCCGACGAAUCGGUCGCGUAUCUUUUGCAACAAAUAUUCGCCUGUACAAAAGUUCAGAAGAAACUAUUGGCAGAAUUUCCAUCGUAUUUGUGUUCGACCUGCACAUCGCGUUUGGAUUUGCUGGAUAUGUAUCGCUCGCUGUGCACUCUAAACAAUGUCAAAGUCGCACGGGUUAAGGAAGAACUGGACACCACCAAUUUGACCGGUCCCGAAACAACUGGAGAGCAUUCUGACUGUGGCAUUCAGCAAAGCGAUGGUGUUGAAUCGGUGUGGAUCAAAACUGAGGUUGACGCAGAAGAUUCGGAAGAGGAUUAUCAAUCGAGGCAAACGGUUUACGGUUAUAAUCGUCAUGACGAUUUGUUUGAGGCAGAUGGGGAAUCGCUGGAAACACUUUUGAAACGUGAACCAACGGACGAACAGGAGAAGGCUCAGCCAUCAGAUGCAGAUCCGAAACAUAAGCAUAAUAUUCUCAAAACGAAUCCUUUCGAUGUCGAACGAGAAGCUUCUGUUGAAGGAAGCACCAUCACGCCAUUCCUAUGUGAAGUCUGCGAAAAAACGUUCCAUGCGGCACGCAACCUACGCAUCCACAUGCAAAUUCACGAAAAGGACCAACAUCAAUGUCCUCAUUGCGCUGGUAAAUUCGCACUGCGAUCCCAUCUUAAGGAUCACAUUCGGACUCAUACCGGCGAAAAGCCUUUCCUAUCACACAUCCUACGCAUCCAUAUGCAAGUUCACAACAAGAACCGGCUUGAAUGUCCUCAAUGCCCUAGCAAAUUUGCACGGCAAUCCCAUCUUAAGGAUCACAUUAGGACUCAUACCGGCGAAAAGCCAUUCGAGUGUGAAGUCUUAAUCCCAGCUUAA